AUAAUUUGGAGAGGACCAAGAAAUCCAUCGCCAUUGCCGCGCCUCGUGCGGCUGCCACAGCGCAAUCGCAUUGCUACUCCCUCUCCCCGCGUGGGCGUAUCUGUGUUCUGUGGGGUCACACUACAAGGACAUAGUUCAUCUUUUCUACAUAUAUAAAGCUUCUUCUCCUCCUGAGGGCAGAGGGCCUUCCUCCUCCCUCUCGCUGAUUCAGGCUGCAUCGCCUUCCUUCGGUGUGGGAAGCGGCGCAGCGGCGGCGGCGACAGCGUGAUUGCCUGCCUUCUCAGGAGAGAGAAGAGAAGAUAGAGAGCGAGGGAGAGGAGAGAGAAGCGUGAGGGGAGGCGCAAGAAGCUCCGAUGGGCCCAUUGGAGCCCCGCUACCGUCCUGCCGGAGUCCCUGAGGACACAACUAAGAGAAGGACCUCCAAAAGCAAAAGUUUCAAAGAUGUUGAAAAUUUUGAAGUUCUUGUCCUUGAAAAGAAUUGUGGUUGCAAGUUCAAAUCUUUGCGGAUCUUUAUCAUAGCUAUCAUUUCUGCAACAGUCAUCACCCUCUUAACUCCAACCUUGUACGAGCAUCAAUUACAGUCGGCCUCCCGGUAUGUGGAUGUUGGCUGGAUGUGGGACAAAACAAGUUCUGAUCCACGAUAUGUAUCAUCUGUCAAUGUUCAGUGGGAGGAUGUGUAUAGAGCAGUGGGAAAUCUAAACAGUGGCAAUCGAAAUCUUAAAGUUGGAAUCCUGAAUUUUAACAGCACCGAGUAUGGCUCUUGGACACAGUUACUCCCGGACAGCCAUGUUUCCAUUAUAAGACUUGAGCAUGCCAAGGACAGCAUUACUUGGCAGACACUGUAUCCUGAAUGGAUCGAUGAGGAGGAAGAAACCGAGAUACCCUCUUGCCCAUCAUUUCCAGAACCUAAUGCUCGAGGAGGGGUGCACUUUGAUGUUAUUGCUGUGAAGCUUCCUUGUACCCAGGUCGGAGGUUGGUCAAGAGAUGUUGCACGGCUCCAUUUGCAGCUAUCAGCAGCAAAAUUGGCUGUAUCCUUUUCGAAGCGCAACCACAAGGUCCAUGUGCUCCUUAUAACCGACUGCUUCCCGAUUCCGAAUCUCUUCCCUUGCAAGAACCUUGUCAGACAUGAAGGAAAUGCUUGGUUAUAUAGUCCCGACGUGAAAGCAUUAAGGGAAAAGCUCAGGCUUCCAGUUGGAUCCUGCGAGCUUGCUGUUCCACUCAAAGCAAAAUCAAGACUUUUCUCAGUAGAUCGACGAAGAGAAGCAUAUGCUACAAUACUGCAUUCAGCAAGUGAAUAUGUCUGUGGUGCUAUCUCAGCAGCUCAAAGCAUUCGGCAAGCAGGAUCAACCAGGGACCUGGUUAUCCUUGUUGACGAGACCAUAAGCGAUCACCACCGGAAAGGCUUGGAAGCUGCAGGGUGGAAGGUCAGAAUAAUCCAAAGAAUCAGGAAUCCAAAAGCUGAGCGUGAUGCUUACAACGAGUGGAACUACAGCAAGUUCAGGUUGUGGCAGCUGACCGACUACGACAAGAUCAUCUUCAUAGAUGCUGACCUCCUCAUCCUGAGGAAUGUCGACUUUCUGUUUGCGAUGCCAGAGAUCACUGCAACUGGCAACAAUGCAACGCUCUUCAACUCCGGUGUCAUGGUCAUAGAGCCUUCCAACUGUACAUUCCAGCUGCUGAUGGAGCACAUCAACGAGAUAACAUCGUACAACGGUGGUGACCAAGGGUACCUGAACGAGAUAUUCACAUGGUGGCACCGCGUUCCGAAGCACAUGAACUUCCUGAAGCACUUCUGGGAGGGCGACGACGAGGCGAUGAAGGCAAAGAAGACUCAGCUGUUCGGCGCAGACCCACCGAUCCUCUAUGUUCUCCACUACUUAGGCCUGAAGCCAUGGCUGUGCUUCAGGGAUUAUGACUGCAACUGGAACAACCGUGUGAUGCGCGGAUUCGCCAGCGAUGUCGCGCACGCCCGGUGGUGGAAGGUGCACGACAAGAUGCCUCGGAAGCUCCAGUCCUACUGCCUCCUGAGGUCACGGCAGAAGGCCGGGCUGGAGUGGGACCGGAGGCAGGCCGAGAAGGCGAACUUUGAAGACGGCCAUUGGCGGCGGAACAUCACUGACACCAGGCUGAAGACAUGCUUUGAGAAGUUCUGCUUCUGGGAGAGCAUGCUCAAGCAUUGGGGCGAGAACAACCGGAUGAAGAGCAGCCCAGCAACGAAGACAACAGCGACGGCGGCUGCGAGCUUGGCAAGUUCAUGAUCUGUAGAUAUACACAGAACUUCCUAUAUGGCACCAUACAUGCAUAGCAAUAGCUUGUAUAGGCAGCUAUGCUUAGGUCUUUCCAAUACAAAUACACCCCUCCUGUUGCUGCCAUGGCUGCAGCUCUAUGUCGCUGCCUGCCUGCCUCUUGAUGGCUAACAAUUCUUUUGGGUUGGCUGACCUAAUAAGUUAAUGGUACAUGUAAAUUUCCUUGCUGAAA